AUUAUCUGGUUUCAUCCAAAAUAAAAUAAAAUAAAAUGCGAUAAAAGAAAAUUCCCAAACGAAUUCUCUACUUCUCUGGAACAGUACCGAUCCGUCUGCAAGUGCGACAUCGAGCUGGACGACGGGUCAAAGGCGCUGUCGUCUCCGUCGCCGGCAGAGAGAAGCUGCAUUUGUUGGGGUUAGUAACAAAUUUCGUCGAAAAUUGGGAACUGCAUACGUGUUCAGAGUGAGAUGGGUUCCGAAGGGCCAAAGGCUGUCAGAAUCAAUGUGACUGGGUUCGAGAAAUUCCAAGGAGUUUCCCAGAAUCCCACAGAGACUAUAGUUAACAAUCUGAGAGAUUUCGUCGAGAAGAAAGGGCUGCCACCUGGUGUGACGCUCGGUUCUUGCACGGUGCUUGAGGCUGCAGGUGAUGGGGCACUUCCCAUGCUUUACAAAGUCCUGGAAUCGGGAACCCCACCUGUGGAUUCUGUGAGCAACGAACAAGUCAUAUGGCUUCAUCUCGGGGUCAAUAGCGGCGCCCUUAAAUUUGCGAUUGAGCAGCGGGCGGUGAAUGAAGCCACUUUUCGUUGUGCAGAUGAGAUGGGAUGGCAACCUCAGCAAACCCCAAUUGUAGCAGAAGAUGGUGAAAUUUCUCGAAGACGACAGAGUUCUUGCUCGACGGAGUCGAUCUUGAAGUUCCUGAAGAGGAAGGGCUACGACGUGGCGAUUUCUCACAACGCGGGCCGCUUUGUUUGCAAUUACAUCUACUACCACUCCCUUCGGUUCGCCGAAGAAAGGGGUCACAAAUCCCUGUUUGUCCAUGUUCCUCUGUUUGCCCGAAUCAAUGAAGAGACUCAGAUCAAUUUUGUAGCCACUCUUUUGGAAGCUAUUGCAGCUUGCUGUUGAUAAUGGUUUUUAGAAAUGUUUGUUCCAAUUCCCAUCCCAAUUUCCUUUUCUUCACCUGUCUAUCUGCUUGGGAGUGUAAAUUGUAUAAAAGACAGAGGUUGUCUGAUGCUUGCUGAUUGUUGUUUUGCUCCUGUGAGAAGAUUGUUCCGUCUCUUAUUCAUUUGUUCUCCAA